CAAACCCUAACACCCCCUCCCCUCCUCUCUCUCUCUCUCUCUCAUCGAUUUCUCCGAAGUAAGUCCCUGUCUCCUUCAUCCGCUCCGCAACCUCCAACACCGAGCAACGCCAUCGACGCCCUUCCCUUCGCUUCCCUUCUCCUCUUCGCCAAUCGCAAUCGCGUUCUUGGUUUGGUGUUGGUUGUGGAGAGGGGGGGCGUGGAAUCGGAAUCGGGCAAAUGUCGCAGAGCGGCUUAGGCAAUGGUGGCCCCGACUUCGAGCUCGCGGAGGAGAUACUGGCGGUGAUGCCCACCGACCCUUACGACCAGCUCGAUCUGGCCCGCAAGAUCACCUCCAUGGCCAUCGCCUCCCGCGUCUCCAAGCUCGAGUCCGACGUCGCCCGCUCCAAGCAGAAGCUCCACGACAAGGACCGCAUCAUCUUCGACCUCGAGGAGAAGGUCGUCCACCUCGACCGCUCCUACCAGGACGCCGACUCCCGCCUCAAGAUCGUCCUCGAUGAGAAUAUGAGGCUCUCCAAAGAACGGGAUUCCUUGUCUGUGACUGUCAAGAAGCUCAGUCGUGAUCUGGCAAAGCUAGAAACUUUUAAAAGACAACUGAUGCAGUCCCUGAAUGAAGACAAUGCAUCGCCUGCCGAAACCGUUGAUAUUGGGACCUGUGAUCGGUCAAAUAUAAACUCCUAUCCUUCCAAGGAUGUAGACGCAAAUGGCUACAGUGGCUCUGCUAACAUUGGCAACAACGUGGAUGAAGCUUCUUGGCAUGCUACGCAAAGAUUUUCAAUAACUCCAUAUAUCACACCGAAACUUACUCCAACCGGGACUCCAAAAAUUAUUUCUAAAAGUGGCUCUCCUAGAGGAUAUUCUGCUGCUGGAUCACCACAGAAAACUUCAGGUGCAACAACUCCUACAAAAACCCAGUAUGCACUCUCUAUGUGGUACCCAUCAAGUCAGCAGUCAUCAGCUGCAAACUCGCCUCCUCGUGGACGUUCUUUGCCAGUAGGGCGCACUCCUCGAAUUGAUGGAAAAGAAUUUUUUCGUCAAGCCAGGACUCGUCUAUCAUAUGAGCAAUUCAGUGCUUUUUUGGCAAACAUUAAGGAGCUUAAUGCUCAAAAGCAAACUCGAGAGGAAACUUUGAGGAAAGCAGAGGAAAUAUUUGGGACUGACAACAAAGAUCUCUAUUUAUCGUUCCAGGGAUUGCUUAACCGUAAUGUUAACUAGGUGAUGAGAAAAUCUCUACUGGACAUAAUAAAAGGAGCUGAUUUAUAUCAAUCGUUAUACUGUGGAUCACUCAUCACCAACUGUUGCUUGUAUUCACUGGACUGUACUGUCUGCAAGUCACUAUUAUUUCAAGGGUGGUUAGUCAAAGCUAGAGGAAGGCCAAUUUUGGUUCACUGCUUUCCAUAGUUUGCUGUUGUCUGUGUACAUCAUAGUUUGCUUGUGCAAUGCCAUCUCAGGCAGUAAAUUUGUAGAGUCUGCAAUGUAUGGAGGGAGAUUUUCUGC